GCCGCGCGGAACAGUCAACGUCGAAUGGUUCGUAUGUAGGUAUUGUAUCGCGCGUCAGGCGUAACGUUUUUCGCAGGCGAAGUUUCCACGCGAAAAGUUUCUUACUAAAAGUUUCGUUGUAAUUUGAAUAAAACGGGGGAGUGGCCGUGUGACUGGGACACUUAAUCCGCGCACGAUGGGUUUGUGGUUCGUGUACUUUGCCGUUGUCGGUUUCGCAGCCGUACACGGGCAAGAAGCGUACCUUCAGAUCCAGCCACGCACGAGGAUAGUGAGGAAAGAGGUGGGCGGCACCCUAGCCCUAACGUGUCGUCCCAUAGCUCCGAAACCGGCUCUGGUUACUCAGUUAGAGUGGAGAGAUCCACGUGGACGAAGGAUAGACAUCCUGAACAAAGCUAGCCCGAUUUAUGUUCAGAGUAUAUCCGGCGAUACUGGUCUCAUGUUGAUGUUCACCGAGUUGAAUGAGCAGCAGCAGGGCAACUAUAGCUGUCACGCGAGUUACGCUACUGAGCCGUUGACGGCUGAAGUCGAAGUCAGCACAUUCGAUGAGGUUGAGUUUGUCGACGCCCCAGAAAGUCAAUAUCCAAUAGCUGGUAAAGACUACCUAAUCAGGUGCAAAGUCAAAGGCAAUCCCAAGCCGUUCGUCGACUGGUUCAAGGGCGAGGCCCUAAUCAAUAACAGCGAGAAAUACAUUCGCACCAACGAUGGAUUGGUGCUGAACAACGUAACGGAAUUGGAUGAUGGUGUCUACAAAUGUUCGGCAAUCGUCGUCGAGACAGGGGCUUACAAAAUCCGAAGCAUUAAGGUCGAGGUGCAGGUACCGCCAAAAAUCUCCCCGAUCGAACCGAUAUCAGUCGUCGAAGGCGAGACCGCGUCCGCCCAAUGUUCCGCUACCGGUAAACCGCCCCCGACUUACACUUGGAUCAAACUCGAUCGCCGAAACGACCUGUCGAAAACCGAUCGGUUCGACGUAAAACGCGGUACCGGCGAACUGAUCAUGAACCGCGUCGAAUUUGGCGACGACGGUCUCUAUAAGUGCAUCGCCGAAAACCCGGCGGGUCGCGUCGAAACCACCAUCAAAAUAAACGUCUUAGUAAAACCAAGGAUCUACGAACUCCUAAACGUUACCAGUCCGGAAAGUAACGAGACGAGGAUCACGUGCAAGGCCUACGGUAGGCCGCCUCCAAGAGUAACCUUCAGGAAAUUAGGUCACACGGAACCAUUCAGGAGCGGACCUCAACCUCACGACCCCAGAAUUAACCUGGAGCAGACCGUUUUUGAGGAAAAGGGUGAAGGUUUUGGUACCCUGAUGAUCACCAACCUCAGUAGGUCCGACGACGGGCUCUAUGAGUGCAAAGCGGAGAACCCGACGAGUUCCGCAUUUAAGAACGGCCACAUUACCGUCCAUUUCAAGCCUACGUUCAACAGAACAAAAGAUUUACCACCUGUGUGGAGUUGGGCGGGAAGACCUGGUAACCUGUCUUGCUUACCGGAGGCUAUACCGAAUGCGACGAUCACGUGGAGGUAUCGCGGAGUGGAAAUCUCUGAGGAGAACUUUAAUAACGGAAGAGUGAGCCGAAACAACUUUAGGGUGCAGGGUACCAGUCCCCAGUCGUUCCUCAUCGUGAAUACCUACGACAAUAAGCUGUAUUACACCCAUUACGAGUGUAUAGCGAGGAACGCGUUGGGUGAGGCGUCGACGAAGAUCGAGUUAAAGAAGGGGGAGGUACCGAGGGCGGUCAAUCAGGUUAGGAGGGUGAGUUUGACAGCGACGACUAUCAAAUUUAGUAUAGUUCCGCCGACGGAUUUCGACGGGUUGCCCGUCAAGUCUUAUACAAUUCAGUACAAGCCGGAGAGGCAGCCCACGUGGGAUAACGCGAUGGAGCACACGUGGAGCGUAGGUGCCCCGUACAUCUUGGAAAAUCUGAUCCCGGAAGUGACGUAUCUGUUCCGGGUGGCCGCCCGGAACGACGUCGGCUUAGGCACGUGGACUAAUAUGGAGUCGGUCACGAUGCCCAGGAGAUCCGAACCCGCCGAACCCACUAUUCUGCUCUCGGCCAUCAACCAAAACGUUCCCGAUGGCGAUGAAGUGGUCAGUCCCUUUUCCAAUCACUUUGAAGUUAGGUGGAAUGUACCAGCUGAUAACGGAGAACCCAUCCAGUAUUACACGAUCAGAUUUUGUAUCACUGAUCGGACGAACGGCGGUUGGAUAGACCGCGAUUGUAGCGAACCACUUCACCAAUCAAUCCAGUACACCAACUAUCAACUAGAUCAGCUCUUCCCCGACACAGUCUACAAAAUAGAGCUGCGCGCUCACAACGCGAUCGGCGACAGCUCUCCCGCGCAAAUUCGUGUGCGCACUGCCAGAGAAGGUAACAUCUGGAACUCGUCGCCGUCGAGGCCGUCGUGUAAAAUGUGGCUUCUGUACGCUGCGCAGGCGAUGGUGGCGUCGCGCGCAGCACUGCGACAUUAAAGUUGUCUCCCCUCCAUCAACUUUAUAGGACUGUUAUUAAAUGUACUAUCGAAAUAUUUUCUAAAGACGGGGUUAAAAUGUGAUGUAGUUGGUCCCCCCCUCCCGACCCGAUGGUGCGCGUGGACGUGGGGGAAGGGGGGCGAGUGCGAGAACGAGUAAAUUAGUGUAGAUAAUAGUCGUUGCUUUCAAAAAGAUUGGGGCCCACAGAGUUUUGAACAAGAUUUUAUUGAUCGUAAACAGUUUCGAAAAAUUGGACCGUCUUAAACAAAAUCAAAAGAAUGCAAUUUUUCUCCUAAAUGAUUUUUACAUUACUCUUAUUCCUCGACGUGGAAAAAUAAAAUAUUUUUAAUAAAUCAUCCGAAAGAUAAAUCUUAGAUGCAUUAAUUAAUACUUCUUUUUGUUUUCUUACUCAAAAGGAGGAACGAAUCAAUCAUUAAUAUAAAUAAAAAAUCGAAAACCUCUUGUGCAAGAGACUUGCAAACAACUUUCUCUUUGGCAAAUAAAUUAGUAUUUUGUUCAGAGGUAAACCGAGAAAAUAUAGAAAUAAGGUAUAAAUAAAAAUACCAAACAAAAACAAAUCUAACAAUACUCAAGGAGGUAAAAGAAAUUGUUCAUUUUUUUACACAAAAUUGUGUUUUAGAUUUUGUUUUAAUAAAUUUAAAAAUAAAUAAAUAUUUUUUGUUCUCGUUAUUGUUAUACAUGAGAAAUAAAAAAAUAGCAUCGAUAAAGAGGAAAAAAUAAAAAAACAAAACGUUUUAAUGCGCCACAACUUUAGGCACAUAUGACUGGUGUAAAAAAUGGUGCAUUGCGGCCAAUCUAUUUUCUACUAUUUUAAUGGCGAUUAGCGCGAGGUUUAUAAAAAAACAGGACGCCGCUGCCGGCUAUCGAUGAUUGAUCGCUCUGAAUCGAAACAUGGCAGCAAUAAAAUCGAGUUUUUCCUCUGCCGAUUAUUGAAAAUGAAUUUUUGUUCGAGUUAAUUUGCAUGACAAACCCCCCGCCCCCUCCCGAAAAUUCCUGGAUUUUUGCUUUUUGUUUCUGAAAAACCCGGAAAAUCCGGCUAACCGCGUUGGGAAAAAAAUAAAAUACGCAAUAAUUUGACGUCUAUUGCACCCCCCACACCCCGUCCCGCGUGCCGUAUGGUAGAUGAGCCUCCGUUUUUUAAAAUUUUAUGUUCGCAGCUUCCGCGCGUGUGAAGUGUCUGAAUGUGUGUGUGUGUGUGUGUGUGUGUGUGUGUGUGUGUGUGUGUGUGUGUGUGUGAUGACCCUCGAAGGCGCCAUACGAAUCGAAUUUUUUAUAUCGGUAAAUACCGCUGCCAAAUCGUAAAUAAGUAUACAGCGCGAUCCGCCGCGAACUUGGUCUAUUAUCUGAAAAAUUCUAACCAUCAAACAUUUUUAAAAUAAGAAAUCAACGAAAAUCGAAGGAGAUAGUUCAACAAAAAUAUUUUUGAAGCGAAUGUAAUUCCUUUCAUACCGGACGUAGGCGUCAACUUGCUUAUUUUAAAUGCAACUCCCUACAUGUUACUGCUUUUUUCGAUUCUUCUAAAAAUUAUGGACGGGUGACAGGUUAUACCAUGUAGUACUAUACUACGUAGGCCCUGCCUAUGCGGAUAAAACAGGAACGUAUAAAGCAACUAUGAAAAAGAUUUUGAGAAGCUCCAUUUAACAUGCGCAUGCGCGAGAUUUAAAAUCUCGCUUUGUAGCAUUCAACAAGCAAAAUGACCACUGAGAGAUCAUCAAUAAGUUUCGAUACAGCAAUUUUACUGCAGUUCUGCAAAACCAGUUAAGUGCGAGACAACAAUUUUUAUCGGUUUAUGGGUUACACCAAAAGUGGGCGCCAACUUGGAUAUUUUGAAUGCAUAGUCCUAAUAUGACGCUUUCAUUAGAGCUCGUUUCUACUCAUACAAAUUUGUUGAUGAUCUAUGAUCGGCCGUGUUGGUGGGUGACCUUUUUUUUCAUAGUUAUUUCAUUAUCGACAUAGGCAGGGCCUCUAUGAUCUAGUAGCUAUAUGGUUAUAGCCCACGAAAAUUUCUAAUUUUUGUUGAUUAUAGUUUUCCCCCAAAAAAAUCGACCAAAUUCCCAUUGGACCGCCUUGUUAGUAGAUAGAUUACGUAUAAAUGUUUAUCGGUAAUUAAGAGGCACAAAAAUGUUGUUCUCGUACGUUUUAAUGUUACCCCCACCACAGCGUUAUUGGAAUCCACGACAAAUGCGACAAACUUAACGAGUUUACCCCCACCUCCCCCCAAAAAAAAAACUCACUUCGGGGGAUUGGGAAAUGUUUAUAAUGUGGUAUUUAAUUUAUCGAUUUUUUAACUAAUAAUAAUAUUUUAUUUAUUAAUAUACUAAAUGCAUCAAUAUAAUACGAGACUUCACGAGCUGUAUUAGGGUUGCUUUUAGUUUUGGAGAACAACAUGGCAGUAAUAUAUCGCUGCUAUUAUAUACAUAUUAUCGCCGCAAUUCUACGAAUUUAUGGAUAAAUUUUUGUUUGAUUUUAUUAAAGUUUGUCACCGGUUUGUGCGUGUGUGUCGCUGUAGUUUCAUUGCCGACAAAUUUACAUUCGCAUUUCAGUGAUGUUUUGUGGCCAGUUCAGCUAUUGCUUUGUGGGACUUACCGUGCCGCUUGACUAGCUAAAAUACGUCGACUUUGCUGCACCUAUGAUUUAGUGUG